CUAGCAUCACGGCAGCAGGUUUCUGCUUAGUUUGGAGUUACUCGCGUCACCACAACUGUAUGCCUGCUUGAAGGUGGUUUAAAAACAGGGGCUCAGCAGCACAAGGAGUCUGCAUGUCUGCGUAGACAUGCUCAGCUUUGUGGAUACCCGGAUUCUGUUGCUGCUUGCAGUAACUUCAUACCUAGCAUCAUGUCAAUACUCGGGACGCGUCAAGGGUCCCAGAGGAGACAAAGGACCUCGAGGUGACAGGGGUCCUCAGGGCCCUAAUGGAAAAGAUGGCAAACCUGGACUCCCUGGCCCCCCUGGCCCCCCUGGUCCCCCUGGACUCGGAGGAGGAAACUUUGCUGCUCAGUAUGAUGGUGCAAAAGCCCCUGAUCCCGGCCCAGGACCCAUGGGUAUGAUGGGUGCUAGAGGCCCUCCCGGACCUCCUGGACCCCCUGGACCUCAGGGACACACCGGACAUGCUGGUGAGCCCGGAGAGCCCGGACAGACUGGCCCUGUUGGUGCUCGUGGCCCCCCUGGACCUCCUGGCAAAGCUGGAGAGGACGGUAACAACGGCAGACCUGGCAAGCCCGGAGACAGAGGUACCCCUGGCACUCAGGGUGCUCGUGGAUUCCCCGGAACCCCUGGACUUCCAGGAAUGAAGGGACACAGAGGUUACACUGGUCUGGAUGGACGCAAGGGAGAGCCUGGUGCCGCUGGCCAGAAGGGUGAGUCUGGUGCCCACGGAGCUGCUGGAAGUCCUGGACUGGCUGGAUCUCGUGGUCUGCCUGGUGAGAGAGGUCGUGCUGGCCCUGCUGGCCCCGCUGGUGCUCGUGGUGCUGAUGGCAACGUUGGACCCGCUGGCCCUGCUGGUCCCCUCGGUGCUGCUGGUCCCCCAGGUUUCCCCGGUGGCCCCGGACCCAAGGGAGAGAUUGGACCUGCUGGAGCUACUGGCCCUAGCGGACCUCAGGGAUCUAGAGGAGAGCCUGGACCCAAUGGUGCUGUUGGCCCCGUUGGUCCUCCUGGUAACCCUGGUGCUAAUGGCCUGAACGGAGCCAAGGGAGCUGCUGGUACCCCCGGAGUUGCUGGAGCUCCUGGCUUCCCUGGACCAAGAGGAGGACCUGGACCCCAGGGACCUCAGGGUGCUACUGGACCUAGAGGCCUUGCUGGAGAUCCUGGUGCUCAGGGUGUUAAGGGAGAUGGUGGACCCAAAGGAGAGCCUGGUAACGCUGGACCUCAGGGAGCCCCUGGAUCUCAGGGUGAGGAGGGCAAGAGAGGACCUUCUGGUGAGCUUGGUGCUACUGGCCCUGCUGGAAACCGUGGAGCUAGAGGCGCCCCUGGCAGCCGUGGUUUGCCUGGUGCUGAGGGAAGAACUGGCCCUAUUGGUAUGCCCGGUGCUCGUGGUGCUACCGGCUCCGGUGGUCCUCGUGGACCCCCCGGAGAUGCUGGCCGUGCUGGUGAGCCUGGACCCGCUGGUCUCAGGGGUCUCCCCGGAAGCCCCGGAAGCUCUGGACCCCCAGGAAAGGAGGGACCUGCUGGUCCUGCUGGACAAGAUGGCCGCUCUGGACCUCCCGGCCCCACCGGACCUAGAGGCCAGCCCGGAAACAUUGGUUUCCCUGGACCCAAAGGACCUUCUGGUGAGGCUGGCAAGCCUGGAGACAAGGGAGCCACUGGACCCACUGGACUGAGAGGAGCCCCUGGACCUGAUGGCAACAAUGGAGCCACUGGCCCCGCUGGACCUGCUGGCGGCCCUGGAGAGAAGGGAGAGCAGGGAGCUUCUGGAGCUCCUGGCUUCCAGGGUCUGCCUGGACCCGCUGGACCUGCUGGAGAGGCUGGCAAGGCCGGAGACAGAGGUAUCCCAGGAGACCAGGGAGUUGCCGGAGCUGCUGGUGGCAAGGGAGAGCGUGGUAACCCUGGUGCUGCUGGAGCUGCUGGAGCUCAGGGACCAAUGGGAGCCCGUGGACCUGCUGGAGCCCCUGGAUCCGAUGGUGGCAAGGGAGAGCCUGGUGCCGCUGGAGCUGCUGGUGGACCUGGACACCAGGGAGCUGGUGGCAUGCCUGGUGAGCGUGGAGCCGCUGGUCCUCCUGGACCCAAGGGAGAGAAGGGAGAGCCUGGACACAGAGGCCCUGACGGUAACAGUGGCAGAGAUGGUGCCCGUGGCAUGCCUGGACCUGCUGGACCCCCUGGACCCACUGGAGCCAAUGGAGAUAAGGGUGAGAGUGGUUCCUUUGGACCUGCCGGCCCCGCUGGAUCCCGUGGAACCCCUGGCGAGCGUGGAGAGGUUGGCCCCGCUGGAGCUCCUGGCUUCGCUGGACCCCCUGGUGCUGAUGGUCAGCCUGGUGCAAGAGGAGAGCGUGGACCUUCUGGUGGAAAGGGAGAAGUUGGCCCCUCUGGCCCUGCUGGACCCGCUGGACAGUCUGGACCUGCUGGUCCUUCUGGCCCUUCUGGACCUGCUGGUGCUCGUGGAGACACUGGUCCCUCUGGUCUGACUGGUUUCCCUGGUGCUGCUGGCAGAGUUGGUGGUGCUGGACCCGCUGGUAUUGUUGGACCCCCUGGCCCCGCUGGUGCCGCCGGCAAGGAUGGACCUCGUGGUCUCCGUGGUGAUGUUGGUCCUGCUGGUCCUUCUGGCGAGCAGGGAAUGGUUGGACCACCUGGUCCUGCUGGAGAUAAGGGACCUUCUGGAGAGUCUGGCCCCCCUGGUCCUGCUGGUGCUCCUGGAGCUUCUGGUCCUCUUGGACUUCAAGGAUUCGUUGGUCUGCCUGGUUCUAGAGGAGAUCGUGGUACACCUGGUGGUGCUGGUGCUUUGGGAGAGCCUGGUAGAGUUGGACCCGCUGGUCCUCCUGGAGCCCGUGGUCCCCCUGGCAACAUUGGCAUGCCUGGUAUGACCGGACCCCAGGGAGAGGCUGGACGUGAGGGUAACCCUGGUAAUGAUGGACCUCCUGGCCGUCCUGGUGCUGCUGGAUUCAAGGGAGAUCGUGGUGAGCCCGGACCUGCUGGUUCCAUGGGACUUGCUGGUGCCCCCGGACCUGCAGGACCCACUGGAGGUGCUGGAAGACCUGGAAACCGUGGAGAGGCUGGCCCAGGAGGUCCUGCUGGACCUGUUGGUCCCGCUGGAGCCAGAGGUGCUGCUGGACCUGCUGGAACCCGUGGUGAGAAGGGAGGUGCUGGUGACAAGGGAGAGAGAGGCAUGAAGGGUCUGCGUGGACAUCCUGGUCUCCAGGGAAUGCCUGGACCUUCUGGACCAUCCGGUGACACUGGAGCUGCUGGACCCAACGGACCUGCUGGACCCAGAGGACCCGCUGGACCCCAUGGACCCGCUGGUAAGGAUGGUAGAGCUGGUUCCCAUGGUACUAUGGGUUCUCCUGGUGCUCGUGGACCCCCUGGAUACUCUGGACCUGCCGGUCCUCCUGGAGCUCCUGGUCUGCCCGGACCUCCUGGCCCCUCUGGUGGUGGAUACGAUGUCUCUGGAUAUGAUGAGUACAGAGCCGAUCAGCCCGCCAUGAGAGCCAAGGACUACGAAGUUGAUGCCACCAUCAAGUCACUCAACACUCAGAUCGACAACCUGCUCACCCCUGAGGGAUCCAGAAAGAACCCUGCCCGCACCUGCCGUGACAUCAAGCUCAGCCACCCCGAAUGGAGCAGCGGAUUCUACUGGAUUGACCCCAACCAGGGCUGCAUCAACGAUGCCAUCAAGGCCUUCUGCGACUUCACCACCCGCGAGACCUGCAUCUAUGCCCACCCUGCUAGCAUCGCCCGCAAGAACUGGUUCAGAAGCACCGAGGGCAAGAAGCACGUCUGGUUCGGAGAGACCAUCAACGGUGGUACUGAGUUCACCUACAACGACGAGACCCUCAGCCCCCAGAGCAUGGCCACCCAGCUCGCCUUCAUGCGCCUGCUGUCCAACCAGGCUAGCCAGAACAUCACCUACCACUGCAAGAACAGCGUUGCCUACAUGGAUGGUGAGAGCGGCAACCUGAAGAAGGCUGUGGUGCUCCAGGGCUCCAACGAUGUGGAGCUGAGGGCCGAGGGCAACAGCCGCUUCACCUUCUCCGUGCUGGAGGACGGCUGCACUAGACACACUGGUGAUUGGAAGAAGACAGUGAUUGAGUACAGAACAAAUAAACCAAAUCGCCUGCCCCUCCUCGACAUUGCACCUUUGGACAUUGGUGGAGCUGAUCAGGAGUUUGGUUUGGACAUUGGCCCAGUCUGUUUCAAAUAAAUAGACUCAUGAUAAAUUAACACCAAAAAAGAGAGGAAGAACGAAAAAACAAAAUCUCUGCCCUUCUUUCUGUGUUGUUUUUUUUAUACUGAAUGCUGAUUUCUCUCUGCGCAUCCACUUGCUUAAGAUGGGCAACUAUCGGAGAGGACUGAACGGACUGAUCGGAGCGUUUGUGCAAUGCAAAUUAAUACAGCAACCCAAAGGGACGCGGGAAAACAUCUUGUUGUGGGACAUCAUGUCAUCCUUUUGUAAAAAAUAAAAGAAGUGUAAUAAAAACGCUGAAAGUACGCAUCACUUUGUGGUCUUUGUAUAUCUUCCAAAGAGGAGGUUUAAAACCACAAUUUCCAUGAAAAAAAGGUUUAAACUACCUCAUGCCUGUACCUAAAGAAAAUACUAUUGAGAAAACCUGGGUCCACAACCGAGAUGUUAAGACUUCUAAUGCUUCAAGCUUUGUCCCAUAUCGGAAGGUGCUCAGUUACUUGAAGCAGAGAUCUAUGGUGCUAAGAUGCAGCUGUGGAACAAACCACUUUUACUGUAUUACUUUGUAUUGACGUUUGAGGAGUUUUGCCUUCAUCCUCUGAUACUCCCCCAUUUUAAGCAGGUGGAAUGAUUCUAAACCUGAUGUCUGUCUUUUUUUUUGUUUUGUUUUAUUUUAUUUUAUUUUUUUUCUGGAAACUUUUUGGUUUUGUUUUGUUUCAUUUUUUUUUUUUCAGGCUUUUUUUACUCUUCCAAUCCCACACCCAGUGUUCAUUCUGACAGCACAUAUUUCAUCCAGUUCUGGUUUUUUAGGCGGCCUCUCUCUCUCUCAAAAAUGACACCACAAAGUCUAUUGUACCUAUUUUGUAUAUGUGAGAUGUUUAAAUAAAUUGUGAAAAGUUCUGAAAUAAAGCAUGUCCAAUGUUCCAAAACACA